AUAAUUUUUUCAGUCAACUUGGACACACAGCCACCUCUCAGAGGCAGGAAAAAAUGAUUCACAUUUACCAAUAGUUUCCACUGGCCCCCAGAAUCACAGCCAAGCUCAGAGGGGACACGUGAGCGAUGACAUUUCCUACUUCCAGACACAGUUCUCCCACUGCUUCAGCACCCACCUCCCCCAGGCAAAUUGUUAGGUGCUUCUGUGUCUCAAGGUCAUUCCUUAGGAAGUGGAUGGGAAUACUUUAUAGCUACCUCCAAUUCCCAUUAAUGUAAAUUCAUUAGAAAAUUUGCACCUGUUGUUCAUAUGUACAACUAAUUAUGGUGCAGAAUUGAGGUGGUGAGCAAACAGAAAGAGGUAAAGAUUAAGUACCGGAAGACACGUGAGAGGCAUAUACUGGGUGGUAAACAGUGAAGUCAGAAUUGCUGAAAAAUGCCUCAUUUCCAGGCGGGUGGUGGUUUUGAACCAUAUAAAAGGCUGCCCAUCACAGAGCUCUUCAUUCACUCCUUGUGUUCCUCUCACUUGUCCUCACUGGUCAACAGGGAGGAUGGUGCCCAGGACUAUAAAAGGUCUCCAGGCCCAGCUCACUUCAUUCGUUCAUCUUCUCUUCCCUUCACUUCUCCUCACCGUUCAACAGGCUUUGCCUACACUACCAACAACAUGCCCAACGGAGGUUGCGGUGGAUGCUGCGGUGGAAAUAACUACACCGUCUGCUGCUACAGCAGCCCGAAGUGCUGCAAGACGCCGUGCUGCUACCCCUCGCAGUGCUGCUGCCCCAUGACCUGCUGCAUGCCCAUGCAGACCUGCUGCUACACCAUGAACAACGGAGGCUGCUGCGGUGGCAGUGGUGGUGGCUGCUGUGGCAACUAAAUCCCUGGGCACGAGGGAGGCAGGGCUGUGCUCACCUCCUCUGCUGCAGAAAUGCCUGCUGCUUCCCACCUGGCUCGCUCCACCUUGGAAAUAGAUAUGGAUAUGGAUAUGGCCCUAAGUGCUCUUCCUCCUCUGCUAGACUGCAGAUCUCUCCUUUUCUUUACUUGCCUUUAAUCACCAAAUGCCUGUAACGUGCUUUGAAGU